CUUCCUUUGUCUCCGCGUUCACCGUCGCGUUCUCUCAUCCCGGCUCCUCUCCGCUGCACCUCCACGCUUGCUUCGGCCCCUGCUCGAUUUUUGCUUUGCCAUGUCUGCCGCGUCUACCACCCCCGCCACGUCAGCAACCGCGCCGGCUCCUGCCGGCCUAAGAAUGCCUCGCCCCCACCUCAAUCAUUUCCUGGAAAUCACGAACGCCAAGCUUCUGAAGAUGAUGGGGAAUGGUUUGGUGAGGCAGGAGGAUGAGGCGGCGCUGGCAGAGGAGAUUCUUGGAGAGUUCAUUGAUUGUGUGUACGGGGCGGUCCAUGCAGUUGUGAGCGGUCGGACGGCGGGCGAGCCUCCCGAGCAGCGGCCGAUGGUGCCGCUGUUCCUGCUCUCAGCGAUUCUCGAGCUGGACCACUCGCCGAGGGAAGGCCUCAAACUGUCCCGCAUCCGUCCGGACGAUCCACGGGUCCUCACCUCGGCGUGGCGCAAUCCUCGUGCGCCGUCUGGCCUCCCUGAACGCCCUCGCUCGCCGACCCCCGUUCCCGGCCCGUCUCGUCAGCCUUCGACGACGGUGCGCUUCCAGGACUUAGCGGCGGAUUCCGACGGUGAGGAGGAGGUCCCGGUGAAGGAGGACGGGAUGGAUGUCGACGAGGUCGAGAAGACACCACCUCGCAAGACUAGGAAGACCGCGUCGAGCAAGAAGACGCCGGGCCCUGGACGGACCGAAUCGGCGGGUACCAAGCGCAAGCGGGCGCCGACUCCUACUCGCAAAUCGAAGGGCAAACAGCGCGCGCAAUCACCCGAGGAUGAGCAAGGCGACAACGAGCGGGCGGCUGGACAUCAGGACGAGGAGACCGAGCAGGAGAUGGACGAGGAGGAACACCCGAAGAAAAAGCGGGCAAAAGGCUCAAAGCCGCCGAAGGGCAUCCUCGUGAAGAAGACAGAGGAGGUCCACGGCGAGCGGGCCAAGUUCGAGAUGGAGUACGUGGAGGGGAAGCCCGACCCAUGCACGCAAUGCAAGGGUUUCCCUUGCUACAUCUCAACACCGGACGGCUACGAAUUCAAGAAGGACGGCACCAUGAAGGACCCACCGCCGGCAUGCGACUAUUGCAACGUCAAGAAGGUGAAGUGCGAGCCCAUCGACACCGAGGGCACGUUUAAGCCCAAGAAGUCCCGCGGGCGUAAGGGCUCGAAGAGACGUUCCUCGGCCGGCUCUGGCACAGAGUCCGAGGGCACCGACGAGCCGCAAAGCGAGGCGGAAGCUCCGCCCACGACUGACGACGAGCUCGACCGGGCUGACACUGCCUCGGUCACGUCUCACGGCAGCCGGCGCAGCUCUCGACGGGCGGGUACACCUUCUCGGCGACCGACAACCAUCGCCAAGAAGGCUGGCAAGAAGGCGCAGAAGGCGGUCAAACAAUCGCCGGCCGUUACGCCGGCGCCUCAGGAGAACGCGGAGGCUGGGCCCAGCUCUGAGGUCCAGCAGAAGCCCGUGCGUACGAGGAAGACGAAGGGUCCUGUCCGGGACGUCGCCGACAUUCUCGCUGACAGGAAGCGUGAGUUGGUGGAGUUCGGGGGCCCGAUCGAUGUCCUCCAGGAGGACGACCUGAAUCCAACACUCGCGGCGCUGCGCAUCCGCGAGCUCCAAUCGAAUGUCCGGGACCUCCGGGAGCGGCUUGAGUCGAUGGAGGCCAGGGACCGUGCUAUGCGAGCACGUCAGGAAAUUCUCGCCCGGGCAAUCCUCGACAGCGAGAAUGUGGACUACCGCGAGCUCAUCAAGGAGAUGCUGGAAGAGCAUGAGCCGGCCGACCAGAUGUUCGUCGGCGCGGUUCCUCAAUAUCCCGGAGGUGCAGACCCGGUGAUGAGCCCUUAG